GUCGACAAGAUGACAUAUUUCUCGGGAAAUCCUUUCGUUGAGAAAACAUCUGGUAUUCUGCAUUUUUACAAGCAUAGUUCAGAAGAGAAAAUGCUCAAUGUUGUGUAUGAUGGCCGUGCCAUCGCUGAUAACCUGUCACGAGCUGCUGAAAUUCGUGGCACCGAAUCUGCCGACAAUCAGUGCGAUGAAGAUCAUUCGAGAUAUGACACCGAAUCAGUAUAUGGUCAUCAUUAA